AUGAAUAAUUGCGGGGGAGGUGGAAUUGCUACCGGGGGUGGAGCCUAUGAUACUAAAAUAGCGGGACUUUAUGACUUGCUGGACACCCUUGGUUCAGGACAUUUUGCUGUAGUGAAACUUGCAAGACAUGUAUUUACUGGUGAAAAGGUUGCUGUGAAAGUUAUAGAUAAAAGCAAGCUAGAUGAUGUCUCUAAAUCACAUUUAUUCCAAGAAGUCCGAUGCAUGAAAUUAGUUCAACAUCCAAAUGUAGUAAGGCUCUAUGAAGUCAUUGAUACCCAAACUAAGUUAUACCUGAUCUUAGAAUUAGGUGAUGGUGGUGAUUUAUAUGACUAUAUCAUGAGGCAUGAAUCUGGACUCUCAGAAUCUCUAGCUCGUGAUUACUUUCGUCAAAUAGUCCGUGCUAUCUCAUAUUGUCACAGGUUACAUGUGGUUCACCGAGAUUUGAAACCUGAGAAUGUUGUUUUUUUUGAAAAAUUAGGAAUAGUGAAAUUGACUGACUUUGGUUUUAGCAAUAAAUUUUGUCCUGGACAAAAGUUAGAGACGUCAUGUGGUUCUUUAGCUUACUCUGCGCCGGAGAUUUUAUUGGGUGAUUCAUAUGACGCCCCCGCUGUGGAUGUGUGGUCACUCGGAGUUAUACUGUACAUGUUAGUGUGUGGACAAGCACCCUUCCAAGAGGCCAAUGAUAGUGAAACACUGACUAUGAUUAUGGAUUGUAAAUACACCAUACCAACACAUGUUUCAAAUUCCUGUAAAAGGCUUAUAGGUAGAAUGCUAAUAAGGGAACCAGAAAAGCGUGCGACUUUGUCUGAAAUAGCAUCCGAUCCGUGGGUCACUGCAGGGGAAGGUGUGACCGUACAAGACUUUGAUACUCCGCUAGUUGCCAAACAAGACUUGACUGAAGAAGAUCGCACUGCCAUUUUGCAGAGAAUGGUCAAUGGUGCUAUUGGAACAAAGGAACAUAUUCUUGAACAAUUAGAAAAGAACGAGUAUAACCACAUAACAGCUACUUAUUAUUUACUGGCAGAGAGAAAGUUGAGAUCCAAAAGGCAAGAAGCAAGACAGUCAGCUCGGAGACCAGAAGUGUUGGGUGUGUCAAGGACAAAUAAAGGUUUACUGGCGCCUCCACAAAUACCUGCUGCACCACGAACACCACAGGAUGUACCGCCCCGUUCACGGAAAUGCAGCAUCGUGCGUGAAGAAGAAGACGAUGAAGAAGGAGCUGGUGCCGCUGCUACCCGCUCCGGGGACGCACGGCGAGGCUCGCGCUCCGAGGGGCGUCUACACCUCGCACGACCUGCGCUGUUAGCAGACAACCUCACUAAGGUGAACCUAGAUGAAGGUGGAAGUGAAGCCGCUUGCGGUGUGACUAUAGCGGUAGCGGAGGUCGGUCGUCGAGCCCCCGCGCCGCCAGCGCCGGCCCGUCGGCAGAGGAUCGACUGUCGUCGGCGUAGAGCCCGCGCCGGGUCGUGCUCCUCUUCAGACCUAUCAGAUGAAGACUCGGAGAAGAAGAAGCGCGCCGGGGAGCAGGCCUCCGCCCCCGGGGAGCGAGCGAGAAGAGACUCACACGACGACUCCAGCGACAGCCAGGAGCGAGGAGCAGCACGACGAACAGCGCCCGCACCUCAUCCCACACCGCCCGCACCUACUACAACGCACGGAGGUAAUUCGUCCGGCGGCAGCAGCGGUGGUGGUGGUGGCGGGGGAGGGGGUGGCGCGGCGGGGGAUGCUCGCGGUGCUGCGGGCAGUACCGGGGGUCGACGUAGGAGGGCCGCGCGCAAGGAGAGCAGAUUAAGAGAAUCGCGUUCACUCAAUCGCAUUGCUGAAGUGGAGGAGGCGAGUUCGACGCGGUGGGCCGGCGGUGGUCUAGUGGCUCUGUGCGGUAGACCUCUCCUACGUCUGCUGGCUGCCGCUCGACCACCGCCCUCGGCACGCCGGCUGCAUGGUCUAUGCUGA